AUGUCUGAAAAUGAGGACAGUGGUUACGAAUCGCCUGCGAGUGACCAUGAUGAGGAGGAGUUAAUUAUACUGGAAAAGACUUUGAAACGGCGGUGGGGAGAUAAUUCUUUUGAGAAAUCACAAUCUAGCAGCACAGGAAGAUCAAGUGAGCAAGUUCCAGAGCACGAAAUAGCCUUCCGACAAAUAUUAAUGCUGAGAGAGAAAAUUAAAUCCACAUCUCCAGGAAAAUGGCGUAGGCUUGUUCCAGGAUACAACUUGGUGCUACAACGAAUUCUAAAGCUUGCAGAGUUCGCUCCUAAUGAAACUUUAAUCUUCCUUUGUUACAGGAAACGCAAUCUAGAAGCGCAGAAGGAGAAGGCGCCUUAA